AUGACGCGACCCCGAGGCUCCUCGGCUGGCAGCGAGGAGAGCGCCGCCACAACCAGAGAGCAGGAGCUCGGAAGCAUGUACGAUUAUCUGGCCAAGAUUAUCCUCCUGGGGCCAAGCGGGUCGGGAAAGUCUUGUCUACUGCAUCGAUUUGUGAAGAACGAAUGGCGAGUAUUGUCAUCGCAAACCAUAGGCGUGGAAUUUGCCAGCAAAAUCAUCAAGGUCGGCACCGGCGCCAGGCGCAAAAGAAUAAAGCUACAGCUCUGGGAUACAGCUGGUACAGAACGAUUUCGAUCCGUUUCCCGAUCAUACUAUCGAGGUGCCGCCGGCGCCAUCCUCGUUUACGACAUAUCAUCACACGGUUCCUUCCGUGGCCUGCAGCCUUUCCUUAACGACGCGCGAGCUCUGGCCUCGCCCAACCUUAGCCUACUACUCGUCGGCAACAAGCUCGAUCUGGCCAACGAAUCCCUCGUCGACACGUCCAUGCCGCCUCCCACGCCAAGCAGCGUCAGCUCUAACUCGACCAUCACUGCGGGCGGCUUCGCCAGCUCGUACUCGACGAUAAACACGCAAACCACGACGAGGGGCAGGGACUAUGCGGGGUCCAUCAGCGCCGGCUCCGUGCAAAAGGCCACCUACGCCCCGGACGGCCGCGAGAUCUCGAGCUCGGAGGCUACACGGUGGGCCAGCACACAGGGCAUCUCGGUCGUCACCGAGGCCAGCGCCCUGAAUGGAGAAGGCGUCGACGAGAUAUUCGCCCGGCUGGCCCGCAUCAUCCUAACCAAGAUUGAGCUCGGCGACAUCGACCCGGACGACCCGAUGAGCGGUAUCCAAUACGGCGAUAGCAGCGCCUGGAACAACGCGAGCGACGGCGGCAGCAUCAAGAGCUCCAUGACGGGCGCCACCGUCGAUGACGCCGGUCUUCCCGGGCUGCGUAGGAGGCGCAAGGGCAAGAACCGCAGUCAGAACUGGGGCGGCCUCCGCGAGUGGGAAGAGGUCUUUACCUUGACCAACAGGCGACGGGGAGGCAAUUGCUGCUAA